AUGGGGACGUCAGUUCUGUUGAAUUUGCUGCACAAGAGGCUGUUUUACGUGAGCAAGUAUGCUUUUUGAAAACCUCGGACGCUGAAUGCAGAUUUUUUUUUUUGUGCUACUUUGUUUCUUCUUUUAGCAGUUUGUAUUAAAGGUUCUCCAUUUGUCAAAACCAGGAAAUCAGUAUGCAGCAAGUCAUACAUAGUCAAAGGUAAUCCAUCACUAUCUGUUCUAUCAUUCCUUGUGGUGUAAGGAUUUGUACUAAGCAGUUUUGUCAGCAGGAUCCCUUAACAAUUGAAAGUUAUGACUAUUCAUCGUCUGUCACCAACCAAUGUUCAUUGUGGCUCAUUAUUUUUCUGAAUGCUAUCUUUAUUCCUGUUUUCGUUAACCUAGGCAAGCAAGAAGCACAAACGAGUCUGUGGAGAAUAACAAGGACAUUCUCUUUGAACGCCAUGAUCCCAAUGCUCUAAAGGCUUGUUGCUCCCCUCUCCUGUUGCUAGUAAAAGCGAUGGAUCUCUUGUUCAUAUUUUGAUACUUUUGGUGGUCUGACUUCUUUUUCAGGGUGUUCUUCUCAGGAUGGCUACGGACCAUCGAGCAGAAGUUGUGGCCAAACGGGGACAAACACCCCAGUCCAAUAAUGGUUAGCCUUGAAUAUAUACACGUUCUUCUCCUGAGAAUGAUGAAUUAUAUUUUGUAAUUCUUUUAUGUACAUCGCUGAAAGUUUUUUUGAAAGGAAAAAUCAAGUGCUGAGCAACUGCAACUUCAAUACUCAUAACCUUUCAUUUAUAGCCUUGCAGUAAUCGAGAACUAUCUGACUGUGUCACCUAGGAACAAUCUCAAUGAAAUAGUAAUUGCUUUUGCACCUUCACCACCCUCCAUUCUCUCUCGUGUUAAAGAAUUUGAUGUGUUAGUACACUGCGUUGGAGGGCAAAUCAUUUUAUAUAUUUGUUUCACCUGCACUGUUACAUGAUCAUCUGUGGUGGAUAUCAUGGAUAUUUGCAAACAACUGAAGCCUUCUCAGCCCUUUCGUUACACUGGAAGAAUGUAUCAUUUCUUGAACUAAGAUUCAGCCAAAGUCCUUUGUCAAAUAUUUUGUUGGACUGUUGUUUAGAAUUUAUCAAUGUGGAUUUGAUGAAGCAGUGACAACAGUGUGAGCUGACAUUUUCCAUUAAUAAUAUUUACGAUAGACUGCAUUUUAGUUUUUAUAAUCCCUCUCGACAUCUAUGAUACUGCAUCGAGGUUCUUUAAUUUUUUUCCCGGAUUGUAAACUAUCUUGCCAACCGUCCUCUUAUAUUGGACAUUACCACCAUAUGACAAAGCAUAGGAUAUUGGUUCUCUUUUUUGUGGUUCAAAUUUAUAAGCUGGUUUUUCGCUAUUCUCUGAGAUUUUCAAGGCACCAUUGACGAAGUGCGUAGAUAAGAGAUAAAUUUGAUGUUUUAGUGAAAAACUGCUCUUAAUUUAUGAUAUUCCUAACAUCAACCUUAUUUGUUUGAAGCUUUUUCCCCUAUUGUGUCUCAUGCAAAAUAAACUAAAAAAUUACUUAGUUUGUUAUUUUUCUUGAAUCUAUAUUGUUUAUCGUUUUUCGACAUCCUACUGCUCUCAAAACUACUGCCGUAAAUAAACUAAUCCUUCUCCCGGAUAACCAGUCAUUGUAUGGCUCCCUAUUAUUUUAUUUAAAUUACAUUUGCAGACAUCAUCGUUUCUCUACAAUAUCAUUAUGAUUCCAAAUUCCCCCUCUCCCUUGCUGAAAGAAAAAAAUAUUAUUUGUAUGUGAGGAUUUUCCACAUCUACAUCCCAGAAAGGCAAUGGAUGAGAAAGGAUGGAUCUAUAAUGUGGACCUCUGUUAGAAAAUUCCUUUUUUUGGCACGGUAGAGCUCACUGAAGACCUCUUAGAAAAUGAUAUAAGCACCUUGGCCUCCUCUGAUGGCGGGUAGAGUUCCUUGAAGUCGGUAUGGAGGGUGGGACAAGGGUGUUUUGUUGGGACGGCAGGAGAGAAUAAGAGACUGUGAUUGGGAUCAGAUCUCACAUUAUCGGAGUCGGAUCUCAAACUAGAUGUACGAUGCAUGUUCUCCCUUACCAUCUUCCUCUUGUUUGUUUCUUCUUGUUCUUCUUGUUUGAUCCCUUCUGAGUUGUGAGAAGACUUGCCGUUCAUGGAUUGGCCAUGGUUGCAUGUUGAAAACCAUUCCAAGUGAGAUCGGAUGAAACCUAGUUACUUUGUCUCAAUUUUGUGAAGAAAGAUUGUAUUUUCUAUCUUGAAGUGGAUCAGAAUCUUCCAAUUCCGUGUUUUCUAUGCGGAUGGAAUACCUGGGAGUAGGGAACCACAUGAAUUCAUUUAUUAAAUUUCCUGACGGCAUCUAUUCUGUAUUCUUAUCUCUGACGAAUCUCAAGUAGAGUACAGACUGGAAAUGAAUGAAGUUUAAAGUGGUUAUUUCAUAGGUGAACUGUGAAGGGUUUUAUUCACACAUGAGGAAUAAUUUACGAGGCUUAUGCAAAAAACUAAAGUCCUUUGCUGAAUAUAGCACAAAAGGACGAAAAGGUUUCGCAUGUGCAUUACUGAUCUAAUUUGAAAUGUGAAGAAGUAACUUGCAGGUACGUUUUUGGUUUCCUCAUCUGACGUGAUGUUCCUUUAUAGGCAAUGUGGAAAUUGGUAAUGGCUAUGGUGUUCCUGGUGGUGGUGCAUACUAUGCUUCGAUACCCUUAUCUGGUGAGUUCGGUCUCGUGUCAUUGCCAACUUGACUUGGCUUUUCUGGAGGUUUAAACAGUUUUGUGAGCUCCUUUUUCAAUAACUCAGGAAAAUCUAAUGAUGAAAGUCAUGUAGAACUGCCUGAGAUAGAGCCUGAAGCAAAGGGAGCUCCAAAAGAGUUGCCUGAGUAUCUGAGAAAAAGACUUAAGGCUAGGGGACUUCUUAAAGAUGGCAUGACAAGUGAUUGCGCGACUACUGAGAAAGUAAGCCAUCCUGAUUUCUUUUUCAGUAAAAUGUGUAUUUCUUAUACCUCAUCAUCAUAUAGAGAAGCGUACAUGUGCAUUUUCACAAGAGCACUUAGGAGCAUUCAUGCAAGUAGGAAUUAGAAAGAGCACAAUCAUAGCUAAUCUGAGAAGCUCAUUUUUCUGCUUAAUUAUUUGAAAAUAUGUCUUUGACAUGCAAAUUAACAAUCCUCUGUCUUGCUGUCUUUUUCCUUAGUAACAGCCUGUAUUGAUUAUGAGUUUCAGACCCCGGAGUCUCUUACAAUUGAUGGUACAAGUGUCCUGAAGCUGCCACCUGGUUGGGUUAGUCUAUGCUGAUUACUAUCUUUUAUUCCGUGUCCUUUGGGUAUAUGUGAUAAGUCUGAUGUGUGGAUUUUUUCAUGAUUAAAUAUUGUUCAUCAAUUCUAUUGCUAGGAUGUCUAAAUUCAGUAUUUUUCCGACUUUAUUUUCUACUCUUGUUAGCUUUUAUUUUUCACAUAAUUCAAUUCAUGGAGGAUAUGUGAUAUUUGAUGAAAGAGAUGAAUUUUCCUUCUAUGGCAACAAUGCUUUAAAUGCGGUUAAAUACCAUAAUACUUAAGGCCUGAAACUUGAUUAUGUUUUUUUUUUGUACUGACCAUAGCACAGUAUUCUAAUUUGAACGGCUAUCCGCAUCUUUUCUUCGUGAUUGCUAUUCACUCUCCCUUUGGGCCUUCGCAUUAGUAUCCUUCUUCCUUGCACACAUAAUGUUUUAACUACAGUUUUGUAGAGUAAAAGGGAAGUAAUGAAUCCUAAAAUCAUGAGAGCUAUGGGAUCAAAAACCUUAUAUUAAAUGUUUGCCUUUAGGGAAAACCUCACUUAAGUAUCAAUAGUUAUCCCUGUAUCUUCUUUCACCUUUGAAGAAUCUGAAAGAAAUAUGUUAAAAGUGUUGCGAAAGGUAAGGUUUCUUUUUUCUUUAUCAUCUGACUGUGAUGGCUGUACCAUUUUGUGUUCUUCCACCUUUCUAAUUAGAUUUCAAGAACAUUUUGAAAGAUUUGAGCGUCAAUAUUGAUCCUUUGUACCCAGAUGAAUUAUUUUCAUCCAUUCUUACACCAUUUUCUCUCUUGUAGGCUGAAGCAAAGGAUCUCGCUAGUGGAUGCACAUAUUUUUAUAACGAGAAUACAGGAGAAAGCCGUUGGGAACGUCCAGUUGAGUGUGUUCCAAGUUCCCAGCUUCCAUUCCCCCAGCCAUUUCCAGAUACUCCUCUCCUUCAGUCAUUGCCAGAUGGCUGGGAAGAGGCCCUUGACAAUUCGACUGGUAUCUGCUGUCUCUUUCUAUUUCUUUCUUGAGUUUAGAGUCCACUGACUAAAUUAUUACUUCAGCAUAAAUUGAAUUUUCCAUAAGAUGCUCCAUAAUAUCCUAUCAUUGGAAGAUAUGUGAUCGUAACUUCAUAAAGAAUGUUCUCUUUUAGAACCUUAUCUCGGAACUUAAUAUUAAAUUAUUUAUUUCUGAGGAGAAUACUGCAGAUUGUCAUGCCUAAUCGGCAUUUUCAUAACUAUUACUUGGGUUUAUCUAAUAGAAACUGUCAUCUGUUUAACACCAAUUCAUUAGAAGAUUCUGUCUGUGUAUACUUCGGAUGUCUCUAUGUGGAUUAGAAAAAGAGUUCUAGUUUUCUCUAAUCGUCAUAAUUCCAAGCCUUCUAGCAUCAGUUUGGAUUGUUUGAUGUCAGCCUGAUAGGAUCAAACAGGACCCUAUCUAGGACCAGCAACUAGAUUUCACAGACGAAGAUAAUAGAGAUGAACGAAAAUAACCCACUGAGAUAAACAAGAGGUAAGAACGGAAAAAUGGAAGGGUUCCCGAAGGAAACCCUAGAACAGUAUGUGACAAAUUUGAGAGCGCCCACUCUCGCACUGACUUCCUCCAUAAAUGCCCCCAUAAUGUGGGCCCCAAAGGUCCUUAUACGUCCUCCUUACUGGGCGCCUUGGCCCACCUAUGACUUAUUAUUGGAAGGUCUAGGUCGUAAGGAAAUACUGUAAGUGACUGAGGAUAUUUUGGGACAGUUGGCUAGGGUUCCUCCCUAUAUAAGGAGUGUUAGAGUUGAAUGGAAAUUGAGGUGGUUUUCUGUCAUUCUCCCCUCUGUUCUCCGUGACAGUGGUCGUUCUCCCUGUACCUAUGUUUUUCAACACUUACCCUUCCCUCUCCGGGUGUAAGUAAGCAGGGCAGUGGGCCUGGUAAUAGGCCCAAUAGUUUUAAUCCUAACAUAGCCAGCUUGAAGGAAGCACCUGAGUGCACCUCAUAGUGAACACCGAUCUGUAUGUGCUGUGUUGGGUUAGAAGUAAAGUUGGCAAUUAGGUUUCAAGAGAAAAUAUGACCCUUGUGUGUGUGUUCAAUCAUUAGUCUUGAAUCAACUGAUUAUGAUCCUAGUUUGAAUGGGAUUGGGCUUCUCAGAUUCAAAUUCAUUUCCCUGGAUGAUAACCUCACUGGAGAUAAUUGCGAUUGGUUGUCUGAAGACCAACAAUUCUUUGAAAGGAGUUUUAGACAAGAGGGAGAUUAGUCUGAAUGUUGGGCUACAGUCUUUCAGAUCAUCUUUUUACUUGAUUACAUCGUAAACUUCACUUAACGCCCUUUGAUGAAUCUAGUUGAUCUGGAAAGGGCCUUAUUAUGUGACAUUAUUCAGUUGGCAUGUUGCUCUGCUUGAUCAUUCUUUUUUUCCAGGCGUGAUGAUUGCAUGUAUUUUAAUUUUACGAUGCAAACUUGGCAACUUUGAAUGACAUAAUAUUUUCGUCAUAAUGUUUCAACCAAAUCUUUAUAAGAAUUGGUUUCUACUCAAGCUGUUUGUAUUGUGGUCCUCACGAGUCAGUAAAUCCCAGCAGCUUUUAUUAAUGAAUAUUUUAUUUUUUUUAGGUCAAAAAUACUAUUACAAUACAAAGACACAUGCCACACAAUGGGGGCGACCGGUUUCAGUCAGACAGGGUCCCUCAGCUCAUACUAAGCACCAGAUUGUCUCUGCUGCGAAGUAUACUAAUGGUAACAGUAGAGUUUCUCCUUCGCAAAAAUGCAAGGGAUGUGGUGGAUGGGGAGUUGAUCUCGUGCAACAGUGGGGCUACUGUAACCACUGUACAAGGUAAGCUAGCAAAUUAUCCUCAAACCUCCAUCAGCCUUACCUUCUUUUGUUGUUGACCAUUUUCCCUGCACCUAAUCCUCUUUACGAGGAGUGAACAUAUUUAAUUAGUGCAAAUAUUCCCCAUCCAGUUUUGAUAUAUUCAACAAUAAAACUACAGGGACUUACUGGAUUAGUAGUUAAUUGAGAUUGGAAUUGCAGGGUCCUUAAUCUUCCCUUUCAAUCGAAUCCUACUUCCACCUCCAGUGAUCUUCAGCAAAUAGGAAAUAUAUCCAAGGACAGGUCAGGAUCUGCUGUACCAAAACCAAGGUAUGUCACCUUGAAGUGUGUUGACCUCUCAGAAUUUUGUAUCUUCAUGUACCAUGUAUGUCUUAACGGCAAUAAAAAGAAACGAUUUUCUUUUCAUGUCAUUUUCAAGAGGUUGAAUUUGGCUGAAACUAUGAAUUUUUGGAAUUGCUUAGGUCAACUUUCAAACCUCCUCUUGGUAAAGGCAACAAAAGAGGGGGAAGGAAACGUGCUUUCUCUGAGGAUGAUGAAUUAGACCCUAUGGAUCCUAGUUCAUAUUCAGACGCUCCUCGUGGUGGUUGGUAAGCUGCCAAUGUUCUUUCACAUUUAUUCCUUUUCAAAAUCCUUUGGUUUGUUGGCCAAUUUUACAAGAUUGGUGAAAUUUCACAUGUCAAUGUCUAGAGAACGAAAAUUGAAGUUCGGAAAUUAAGAAAAAUUAUUAAAUUAAUAAAAAAAUUCCUCUAGAGGUUGAUGCAAUGUAAGCACAGGAUAAAAUAUCAGAAAAGUAAAUAUUUUAGUUGAUAAAUAUUUUUUUCGAGAUUUACAUUUACCAAGAGUUUAUUCAUACCUUUAACUUUCUUCAAAUCGUGCAAUAUAAUACUGAUAUUUUUUGUAGUAUGAUCCUCCGACUUACUCAAGUGAUAGCUUUUAAUGUCAGAAAAAUAAGAAAGUGGCUAGUAAUUACCGAAUAUUUAUCUACUAAUAGAUCAGUACGACGUGAUUUUAGAAUGACAUGUAAAAAUUUUAUGCAUGCGUUUGCCAUCCCACAUUUUAUGCACUGAGAUCUUUUUUUUUAGCAUAAAUCCAACUGUGAAAUCAGCUAAUAUCUGGCCAUGAACAGUAUCAUGAAACUGAGAAGACUAGAUCCUGCCUUGCUUUGUGUUUCUCUAUGUCUACUCAUGGUGAAGCAUGGGUGAAGCUUUUUAGCAGAAAUAUAACUGAAAUGAGCAUCCGAGUCAUCAAUGGAAAUGACAAGGGAGAUCUCACAGUGUAUGUCGUUGUCCCACGGUAAUGAUUGAUAUGCUUACGUACUUUAACUUUGCAGGGUUGUUGGCCUAAAAGGUGUUCAACCAAGAGCUGCUGAUACGACUGCCACUGUAUGUUUGUCUCAUACCCCUUGAAAUUCUUACACCUUUAAUUCUUAAUAUAUAUAUAUAUAUAUAUGUGUGUGUGUGAAAUAUGAUUAUUCAGUAAAUCAUCAAAUCAUUACGAUAUCGAGAUAUUUAUGCCAGUUUAGGUAAAACAUGCGUGCUUUGUUCCCUCUCUCCUUCAUUGUAUGAUAAUCCUAUCUUACUUCAACCUGCCAGUUAUGGAGAAAUUUGUAAGAAAAUAAAGAACUUAAUUUUCCUUUCAAAAUUGAUAUUUAUUUAAUUGGACGUUGCCUCCAUCUCCUACAGGGGCUUUAAAAAAAUAAACCUUGAAAGGGGUCGAAUUUUGUUAUGAAUUCAUACAACUCGAUGGAUAAGAUUCAUCUGAUGGAAUGUUUAAUGUCCGAGACCCCAUUGCUUGUUUGUGCUUGUCUUCCCAGGGCCCUCUGUUUCAGCAGCGUCCCUACCCAUCUCCGGGUGCUGUUCUCCGGAAGAAUGCCGAGAUUGCUGCCCAGAGCAAGAGACCAGGGUCUAACAUGGCUCCCAUAUCCAAGAGAGGAGACGGCAGUGAUGGGCUCGGUGAUGCAGAUUAA